CAUCCUGAAGUCCAUGGAGUUUGCGCCAUCUGACGGCUCAAGCAUCCAGGAUGCUGCAUCAAAACCACUGGAGGUCUUACUGCUGGAGAAAAACCGCCUGCUACAGUCAGAAAAUGCCACGUUGCGGAUCACAAACAGUGACCUGAGCGGGUCAGCCAGGAGAAAAGGGAAAGACCAGCCUGAGAGUCAGCGUCCUGCAACCUUGCCGGCCUCCCCUCCUCCUCAGUUGCCCCGCAAUGCAGGGGAGCAGGCUUCCAAUACUAAUGGUACACACCAGUUCUCACCAACGGGUUUAAGUCAAGACUUUUUCAGCUCAUCCUUGGCAAGCUCCAGCUUACCCCUGGCUUCUACAGGAAAAUUUGCACUAAACUCUCUCCUCCAGCGCCAACUUAUGCAGUCCUUCUACACCAAGGCCAUGCAGGAAGCGGGAAGCACAAGCAUGAUUUUUUCAGUAGGUCCCUACAGCACAAACUCCAUAUCUUCCCAAAGCCCCUUGCAACAAAGCCCAGACGUCAAUGGCAUGGCCCCGUCACCCAACCAAUCAGAAAGCACCGGCAGCACCUCAGAAGGUGAGGAGAUAGACACAGCUGAAAUUGCACGUCAGGUCAAAGAGCAAUUGAUCAAGCACAAUAUCGGACAGCGGAUCUUUGGACACUACGUCUUGGGACUUUCUCAAGGAUCUGUGAGUGAGAUUCUGGCUCGACCUAAACCAUGGAACAAGCUGACCGUGAGAGGCAAGGAGCCAUUCCAUAAAAUGAAGCAGUUCCUUUCUGAUGAGCAGAACAUCUUGGCUUUGCGCAGCAUCCAAGGCAGGCAGAGAGAGAAUCCAGGCCAGAACCUGAGCAGGCUAUUUCAGGAAGUACCGAAACGAAGAAAUGGGUCAGAAGGUAACAUUACCACAAGAAUCCGAGCUACAGAUGUUGGCUCUGAUGAAGCUAUCAAAUCCAUUCUGGAGCAAGCAAAAAGGGAGCUGCAGGUACAGAAAACAGCUGAGCCGGCUCAGCCACCUUCCACAUCAACCAGCAGCAGUUCCGACGAUGCUAUUCGCUCCAUUUUGCAACAGGCUCGACGAGAGAUGGAAGCCCAGCAGGCUGCCCUUGAACCUGCCUUAAAAGCCACCCCUCUAUCCCAAGCCGAAAUGUCCAUCUUGUCCUCAAAACUGAUCCCUACACCUGCAGUUUCUUCAGUUUCUAGUUACUCUCCCCUGGCUCUCUCCUUGAAGAAGCACUCGUCCUCUGUGGAUUCCACGGUGUCUUCCCUACAGACUGUCCCUGGUCUCAAGAAGGAAGCCCAAGAGGCCUCCCUUCUAGACCUCCACGGGAUGCCUGACUCAGCACAAGGCGUACUGAGGCAUGUUAAAAAUGAACUGGGACGCAGUGGGGUAUGGAAGGACCAUUGGUGGAAUACUGUGCAACCUGACAGAAGGAACACGGCUCCCCCAGAAGACCCCAAAAUGGAGGAGAGCACCAGUGGGAAAGAGAAGGCCAGCAACCAAGCUCGUUCAGACCGUAACCAGCAAGUCCAAGGGCCCUCCUCCUCCUCGGAAUAUUGGAAAGAGUGGCCCAACGCAGAAUCUCCCUAUUCUCAGAGCUCUGAACUGAGUGUGACAGGGGCAAGUCGCAGUGAGACACCCCAAAACAGCCCCCUUCCUUCUUCCCCCAUUGUUUCUUUAUCAAAGCCAUCUAAGCCUUCCGUUCCUCCAUUGACCCCUGAGCAGUAUGAGAUUUACAUGUACCAAGAAGUGGAUACGAUAGAUCUAACCCGUCAGGUCAAAGAGAAGCUAGCAAAAAACGGCAUCUGCCAAAGGAUAUUUGGGGAAAAGGUGCUGGGUCUUUCCCAGGGCAGCGUCAGCGACAUGCUGUCUCGGCCAAAGCCAUGGAGCAAGUUGACACAGAAGGGGCGUGAGCCAUUCAUUCGUAUGCAGCUGUGGCUAAAUGGCGAACUCGGGCAGGGUGUCUUGCCAUCUCAAGGGCAGCCCCAAGGCCAAGUCCUUCACUCUAUGUCAUCACUGCAAGACUCUCUUCAGCAGGGAUGUGCAAGCUCAGAAAGCACCCCAAAGACCUCUGCCAGUUGCAGUCCUGCUCCUGAUUCCCCAAUGAGUUCCAGCGACUCUGUGAAAAGCUUGACGGAACUAGUCCAGCAGCCCUGUCCGGCCAUUGAAACCAGUAAGGAAGGCAAGCUGCAGGAGUCAAGUGAAGCAUCAACUUCAGAUUCCCACUGCACAACCCCAUUGCCUCUCUCCGGCCAUUCAUCACUCAGCAUUCAGGAACUGGUUGCCAUGUCACCAGAACUCGAUACCUACGGCAUCACCAAGCGGGUUAAAGAGGUGCUCACGGACAACAACCUUGGUCAGCGUUUGUUUGGGGAAACGAUACUGGGGCUGACCCAAGGCUCCGUCUCAGACCUACUUGCUCGCCCAAAGCCCUGGCACAAACUGAGCUUGAAGGGCCGGGAGCCAUUUGUGCGCAUGCAGCUGUGGCUCAAUGACCCCAACAAUGUGGAAAAGCUGAUGGACAUGAAGCGCAUGGAGAAGAAAGCAUACAUGAAACGGCGGCACAGCUCAGUCAGUGACAGCCAGCCUUCAGAAUCAUCUUCCACUGGAAUAGAUUACAGCCAGGGGGCCAGCCCACAACCACACCAUCAGCUCAAGAAGCCACGGGUUGUCUUGGCUCCAGAAGAGAAAGAAGCUCUGAAACGAGCCUAUCAGCAAAAGCCAUACCCAUCACCAAAAACUAUUGAGGAACUUGCCACACAGCUCAACUUGAAGACCAGCACAGUCAUUAAUUGGUUCCACAAUUAUAGGUCACGUAUUCGUCGAGAGCUGUUUAUUGAAGAAAUCCAAGCUGGAGGCCAGAGCCAGGCUGGGUCGAGUGACUCUCCUUCAGCUAGAAGCAGCCGGGCAGUUCACAGCUCUGAAGGAGACAGUUGUGAUGGGGUGGACACAGAAGGCCCAUCCGAUACAAAACAAGGCAGCCUGGAAGCAGAUGAGUACAGCAAUGCAACCAUGAAGUCUCAGGGAGGGCGAGCAGCGUCAGCUUUCGAAGCAGGGGAAGAGGCACUGCGAGACGCCGGAUCUUCGGAGAAAACGGAGACAUUCCAGUUGGGAAUGGAGAGCUUGGAAGACACAGAUGACGAGGGAAGGCUCAAAGCACCACGUCGGGGUUCUCCCCUGAGCUCUCAACAUUCAGGAGAAACUCUGGAGGCCAGGCCCAACUGUGCUCCAGAAGAGGAUGCCUCUACCUCAGUCCUUGCAGGGCAGAGCUCCUGCAAGCCCAGGGGAGAAAGUGUGGAGAAAGUGCCCAUUGUGCCAAGUACCAGUUCCACGCUGGCCACCACCAGCUCUCAGAAAUCCAACUCACUCAAGAGCUUGUUCAGUUUUUCCGAGGCAGCGUGCUCCAAGAACACACGGGACAACACCUUGAGGAAAAAGAAGGCAGCAAAUUUGAACAGUAUAAUCCACCGUUUGGAGAAAGCUGCAAGUCGAGAGGAGCCCGUUGAAUGGGAGUUUUGAGAUUAAGCUCACCCAGCUCCACAGGGCUGGGAAAGUUAAAACUUGGACCUCUGUUGGUUUCUAUUGUGUCCCGCACUUACCGCCCUGCAGGCCACGGGGCAAAAAAUGCCAUAGGCCAAGGUGCAUAUAGAGAACAAAAGGAGUGUUUAAGCCCAGUUUUAUGUUUGUGUUUUCAAGGAAGAAAACUGAAACUUGUCCAGCUUUUUGUACCCUGAAGUGUUUCUAUUAAUUGCCCUAAAGUGAUUUCCACAGUUUCUGGGGAAGAAAAAAAAACUCAUACAGCUUUUGCCUUCUGCCCUCCUCUUUGGUGUGGGCUUUAAAACAAAAAUAUAUAUACAAACAAGAAAAAAAAAUUAAACCCACAUAUUUAAAAGGGGGGCUUUUUAUCAGCCAUCUAAUGGCUAAACAGAGCGAUAAUAAUACACUAUUAUCUUCUUUAACCAGGAAAACAAAAAGAUGGGAGGGGAGAUUUUUUGAGAUUAAAAAAAAAAAAAGUUGUUUUGUAGCUCUUCAGUUGCCACUAAGAGAUUGCACAGUCAACCCGACUCUAAACACACUAGUUUGAAUUCCUAAAUAUUUUCAAGAAAGAGUAUUGUUCGAAACUUGGGGUUUAAAAAAAAAAACGCAUUUACUCCAUGUAUUUUUUAAACAGACAAAAAA